CCAGCCCUGCCAGCCCAGCCUGCCUGAGACAACCCGCGCCAGCCACGCAGGCCUCAGAGAAGCCGGACUUCGCGGGCACCAUGCAGUGGAUAAGGGGCGGAUCAGGAAUGCUGAUCACUGGAGAUUCCAUCGUUAGUGCUGAGGCAGUAUGGGAUCACGUCACCAUGGCCAACCGGGAGUUGGCAUUUAAGGCUGGCGACGUCAUCAAAGUCUUGGAUGCUUCCAACAAGGAUUGGUGGUGGGGCCAGAUCGACGAUGAGGAGGGAUGGUUUCCUGCCAGCUUUGUGAGGCUCUGGGUGAACCAGGAAGAUGGGGUGGAGGAAGGACCCAGUGAUGUGCAGAAUGGGCACCUGGACCCCAACUCAGACUGCCUCUGUCUGGGCCGGCCACUACAGAACCGGGACCAGAUGCGAGCCAAUGUCAUCAAUGAGAUCAUGAGCACCGAACGUCAUUACAUCAAGCACCUCAAGGACAUUUGUGAGGGCUACCUGAAGCAAUGCCGGAAGAGAAGGGACAUGUUCAAUGAUGAGCAACUGAAGAUAAUCUUUGGUAACAUUGAAGACAUCUACAGGUUUCAGAUGGGCUUCGUGAGAGACCUGGAGAAACAGUACAACAAUGAUGACCCCCACCUCAGUGAGAUAGGACCCUGCUUCCUGGAGCACCAAGAUGGAUUCUGGAUAUACUCCGAGUAUUGUAACAACCACCUGGACGCCUGCAUGGAACUCUCCAAACUAAUGAAGGACAGCCGCUACCAGCACUUCUUUGAGGCCUGUCGCCUCUUGCAGCAGAUGAUCGAUAUUGCUAUUGAUGGUUUCCUUUUGACUCCAGUGCAGAAGAUCUGCAAAUAUCCCUUACAACUGGCUGAGCUCCUCAAAUAUACUGCCCAGGACCAUAGUGACUACAGGUAUGUGGCAGCUGCUCUGGCUGUCAUGAGAAACGUGACUCAGCAGAUCAAUGAGCGCAAGCGGCGUUUGGAGAAUAUUGACAAGAUUGCCCAGUGGCAGGCAUCUGUCCUAGACUGGGAGAGAGACUUCUAUUAUUUCCUUAGGCUUAUUCUUCAGGGUGAGGACAUCCUAGACAGGAGCUCGGAGCUGAUCUACACUGGGGAAAUGGCCUGGAUCUACCAGCCCUAUGGCCGCAACCAGCAGCGGGUCUUCUUCCUGUUUGACCACCAGAUGGUCCUCUGCAAGAAGGACCUGAUCCGAAGAGACAUUCUGUACUACAAAGGCCGCAUUGACAUGGAUAAAUAUGAGGUAGUUGACAUUGAAGAUGGCAGAGAUGAUGACUUUAAUGUCAGCAUGAAAAAUGCUUUCAAGCUUCACAACAAGGAGACUGAGGAGGUACAUCUAUUCUUUGCCAAAAAGCUGGAGGAGAAGAUACGCUGGCUCAGGGCUUUCAGAGAAGAGAGGAAAAUGGUACAGGAAGAUGAAAAAAUUGGCUUUGAAAUUUCUGAAAACCAGAAGAGGCAGGCUGCAAUGACUGUGAGAAAAGUCCCUAAACAAAAAGGUGUCAACUCCGCCCGCUCAGUUCCUCCUUCCUACCCACCACCGCAGGACCCGUUAAACCAGGGCCAGUACCUGGUCCCUGAUGGCAUCGCUCAGUCACAGGUCUUUGAGUUCACCGAACCCAAGCGCAGCCAGUCACCAUUCUGGCAAAACUUCAGCAGGUUAACCCCCUUCAAAAAAUAAUAAUUACAGGGAGGCAGAUAAUUUUAAAAUAAAGUAAAUAAAAUUAUAUUUAUAGAUGGACAUUUUUUUGGAGAAGCACUGUUGAAAUUUAUAUAUAUAUAAAUAUAUAUACCUAUAUAUAUAUUUAUAUAUAGAGAGACACACAUACACACACAGACCCUUGAGUGUACACACACACACACACACACACACACAGAAGGACCAAAAAAAAAAAAACAUUUUCUGUUGUUUUGGGGAAGUGAAAUCUGUAGUUGGUAGGAAGAGGUACCAAUGACUUCUAAACAUGUGAUCCCUUCUUAAAAGUUUUCUGUUCUUACCCUGUCCCCCUCCCCUUUAUUUUCAGAAAUUGACACUUCUAUGUGUUCCUUUUCUUGUUGAGAUAAUCUCUUUGCUCCCUUGUGAGUGAUUCAUUGACUUGUCAUUAUUACCAUAGAUGUGUUUGUAUUUUUUUUUUCUUUCCUGAUGAUACUGAUGCUGAUAACUUUUGAAUUUACUUUGAUGUGAUGGAGUUUGGGAGUUUGAAAUUUCUUUUUUUCCUUUUCCUUUUCAAUGGGUAAAGGGAGGAUUCCCCUUUCUCUUUUCCCUCAGCUGACCAUCUGUGACUGUUUCUACAGCCCAGCAGUUGCCCCAGACAGCUUUUUCCCUGCAUCUUCUGUCCUCAGUCGUGCCAGUCUAGACAUGCUCUGUUGUGCCCAGUGACAUAACUGCUUGAUAUUUCUAUUGCUUUCACUGUGUUUUAGAUGUCAUAGAGGGAUCAAAACCAAACAGAAUCAAGGGAGAGUCAGAGUAUAAUAAUUCUGGAGAGGACUUCUGUUCAGGGAACAUUCUGCAUUUGGGCUCUUCUC